AGAACAAAACCCCUAUUUCCAUUUCUACUUCUCUCGCUUCUGGCGGGCGCUCGUGUUCCUCGCGAUUGGAUGCGCGCGCUCUCAAAUUCGCCUCACAUUUCGGUGGCGGGCGUGGAUUUCCCUCCUGCGCGACGGCGGUUUCCCGAGCUGUGAGCGAUGGCGUCGUCCGAGUUUCCGAAUGGUUUUGCUCCUUUCACCGCCGAGCACCCGCCCGUGCGAGGCCAGGCUGCUGCGAACGGUGCUCCCGCCAGCGCUGCUGGCGGCAUUCUGGAAGUGGAAGUUCACCAAGCUCGCAACCUCCACAACAUUUGCAUUUACGCCAAGCAGGACGUGUACGCCAAGCUAUCGCUCAACGACGCCGCCGGCGGGAGCGGGCCAACAGCGUUCUACACGGAGGUGGUCGACAAAGGAGGUAAAGAUCCAGUUUUCAACCAGAAGUUUUGCACUUCUCUCGUGCAAAGUGACCGUGCUUUGAGGUGCGAGGUGUGGAUGGCCAGCAAGAUGCGCGACUAUCUCCAGGACCAGCUUCUGGGGGCAGUCACCAUACCGCUGUCCACACUGGUCGGGAAAGACAAGGAGUUUAACGAGUUUGAGCUCUCGUCCACGGAGCUGUUCCACUCACCGGCAGGAAGCAUCACCAUGAGUCUCAAGUUUGAAGAGAUCACGAAGCUCGGUGACAAGGCAAGCCCAGAAGAAAGCAACGAUUGCGAAGUGACGGUGUGCAACUCCACCACCUCGAACCUCUCGGCCAGCAGCCUCGACGGCAUAGACUCCAAGGUGGUGGCUUUUGCGGACCUUGCCGACGCUCGGGAGGACGAGGAGCUCGUCUCGGAUUUCAUCCAGAGGAAACAGAAUGUGGAAGCGGCUGCCAAGGACGAUGGUAUCUACACAGGUCCUCCGUUUCUCAAGCUCGACUGCGCGGCUGUGAGGAAGAGUUUAGCAGCGGACGAGGCGCGGUCUGAAGAUGAAGUUCCGGAGCUGGACGACGAGCAGUCGGUGGUAGAACAAGGGACGGAUAAACUCUUCUCGGCUCCAGCAGCUAGCGGCGGUGAGAAGGAAAACAUCUCCAAGCCGGGACUCAAGCAGCUAGACGUUCCGGCGAGCCCAUCGUUGCUGGAAUCGUCCGUCAGUAACGGCGUAACUCCCACUCCCAGCUCGAAGCCGAAGGAGGAUCUCUCCAUCAGCAAGGCGGACGAGGAGAAACAUGGCAGAGCUGCGGAGCUCGGCGGUGGUGGAGAGGGCGGAGUAAUGAGCGACGAGGAGGCCGCAAAGUUUGGUUUCGUGAGCAAGCCUGUGAUCCAGCCGGAGCCGAGGAUAAUGCAGCAGGAGAUCAUGGACAUGUACACCAGGAGCAUGCAGCAAUUCUCCGACGCUCUCGCAAAGAUGCAGCUCCCGGUGGACGAGAACGGAUUGAUCAAGCUGGACGAGGCCGCCUCCUCGGAGACGACUAACAGCAAAGACACCAAGAACACGAAUGACAACAACAACUCUAGCAGUGGCUCCGAGAGGAGUGGUGAGAGCAGCGGUGGAGGUAAGAGAAACUUGACUAGUUCUAACACGCCCAGGGUCUUCUAUGGCAGUCGAGCUUUCUUCUAAACUUUCAGGGAGAGGUCAGAUCAACACACUACUUUUUUCCUUUUUUUUUUGCUCUCCACAGAACGAUACAAAUCGAGCAUCCAGUGCUAAAAUCCUGUGUACAGUUCUUACAGACGUCUAUGAAAAAAAUAUUUCCAGUGUAA